CUUGCUCUGCCUAUAAUGCCUGAACCUCUAAUCGCAGGCGCAACUGUCAACAAGGGACAGCUGAAGCAGACGAAAUUCUGUUCACAAGAAACUGUUUCUAAGUACGAUUUUACUGCUUUUUUGACUCUACAAGAGAUGGAUGUCGCGAGGAGAGCCCUGAGAAAGUCUUUGCUCACACAAGUUUCUGAAAUCAUCUCGUUCAGUCGGUACAGCUCAAACACCCCAAAUAAUCCAAAGAAUGAGCCGUCAACAGUCAAAGAGAAGCCAGUUCCCGUGCAAGCUCCUCCUCAAGUUCACAAGGAACGUGUUCCCAGAAUAGGUGACGAUGGCUUCGCUGUAACCUUGAUGGGUGCAGUAAAACCAAAAGACGACCAAAUCUUUCAUGCUAUGGGGUCAUGUGAUGAACUAUGCUCAUUUGUUGGGUUGGCUCGGGAAUAUGCUCACGAUAAUAACCACACAUAUGUAGAAUACUUGAAACGGAUUCAAACUUUACUCAUUGACAUAAGUGUAGCAAUAUCAAAUUGCAAUUAUAACUCACCCAAUUCACCUCCAGUCUCACCAACUGUCAGUCCAUCUCCAUUGAGUAUUAAGGGAACUUCCUUUUCAAAACGCCAUGCAGCAGAACUUGAAGAGUGGAUUGAAGAAUACAGUGAAUCACUGCCUCCUGUAGAACACUUUGUCAUACCCGGAGGAGGUCAAGUGUGUGCUGUGUUGCAUGUAGCUCUCUCAAUCUGCCGGAGGGCAGAGCGAAAAGUACUACCCCUAGUCCGGGAUGGCAAUCUAGAUCCAGAGGUUUUAGUGUAUCUUAACAGACUGGCAGAAUUUUUAUUUGUCAUAUCAAGAGUAGCAUCUCAAGCAGACGGGGCAAUUGAAUCUGUUUACACCCCAAAGCCCUCACCUAGUUCCUCCUCCUGAGAAGCCCAUCCAGAAAGAUACUCAUCUUACACCAAGGGAAUGGCUCUCUGUAGUCAGAUUAAAGGAGUGGUCAUAUUUCUCCUCAAACGGAAUAAUUUUAAAAUUAUGUCAAUGACCGAUUCCUUUGUAGUGCCUUUUUUUUGUUGUGAUAGGGUGCAGCAAAAUCUUAUUUAAUGUUGUACACUGUUGUGAUCUGAAAUGAUGUAUUUGUAUUUAUUUAAUAGAAGGCAUGGAUUGCCUUUUAAGUUAUUUCUUUCAAAAUGCAGUCCACAUAGGGAA